AUGGACGCUGCAGCUGCGGCGUGUUGGGCCGUCUACCUCGACGACAGGGUCGACUGCGAGCGCUGGAUAGACAGAGACGGCGAGCAGCUGCACGAGUCCGCUGAGCUCGCGGCCAACCUCGCCCGCAUCCUCGCCAUCUGCAGACAGGGUAAUACUCCUGCUACUCCUACUCUUUACUUUCUUCUAAUACUAACUGGAACAGUGUAUGUGUGCAACUCGGGCAAGUCGUUCGCUACCAAGAUCGCCGAGCUGACGGAUGCCGGCCGCGAGGAGGGCGACCCAGACGCUGCCAUCGUCCCCGUCCUCGCCUUCAUUGAUAUCGCUGUCUCAGGGGACGCAGAGUCCUCGCACGUCCGCCGCUCUUCCCUCAACCUCACGCCGCUCUCUUCGCCUCCAUCCCAGCCUCAACCGCCUCACCAGCACCAGCACCAGCACCAGCAUCUCCCUCAGCAGGCCCAGGGACAGCCUUCCGCGGUCUCCCCAUCAACCUCCAGGCGCAGUCUUGCAUUCUCCUCCGAGUCCGAAGAGCUGUUCGGACUCCACCUGCUCUCGCGCUUCUCCGCAGAUAUUCAGGCCCGCGAGACACCUCAUGCCAUCAUCCCAAUCGCCAUCCUACGGAACGUCCGGCCCCAGCCCUCGCCCUUUUCUUCCUCCGCACACGUCCUGCGCAGCGGCAAGAAUGUCGAGCCUGCGACAAAGCCAAGCUCCCGCCGUCCGGACGACCGCCAGAUAAGCCGCUGUCUCGACGCAGGUGCCAUUGACGUCCUUGUUUCGCCCAUAGAUCAGUCUAGGGUCCAGGGCCUGCUCAUCCAUGCCUACCGCAUCCGCAGGGCUGCGCAGAAGGAGAACAGUCGCUUCAUGGCUGCCUCCGGUCAAAAGAUUCGCAAAUACUCCUGGGUCGGCGUCAGUUCGACCGCAGAGGAUGAAAGACCCUAUGCUUAUCUCAGAGAGGCCAUGGUCUCCAAAUUGAUGAAGAGGAUAUGCAAUCCUGAAGAAGCCCUCGACGACUCCCUGAUCAGUGAUGUCUGCGUCUCAGACGAACGCAAGGAGGAAGUCAAGGCUGCCAUUGCUGAAUGGCAUUUCUGUGCUCACGACUUUACCGAUGAUGAACUCUGCUAUGCUUCCUGUUUGAUGUUUGAACAUACCCUUACCAUACCCGACCUCGAACACUGGCGCAUCUCUUCCGAAUCUCUGCGGGAGUUUGUGCUUUCGUGUCGCGCGGCUUACAAUUCCUUUAUACUCUACCACAACUUCCGCCAUGCAGUCGACGUCCUACAGUCGACCUUCCACAUCCUCGUGCGUAUAGGCGCCAUCCCGCCUUUCCCCCUCGGAAGCGAACCUCGGUCCUCAUGCGCGGGCAUGUCAUGUCUCGUCACCCCGUUUGACGCCCUCGCACUCCUUGUCAUCGCUCUGGGCCAUGAUGUAGGCCAUCCGGGUGUCAACAACAUGUUCCUCGUCAAGCUCAAUGCUCCCCUUGCCCAGCUCUACAACGACAGAUCUGUUCUCGAGGCCUUUCACUGCGCUGCUUACUCCCAGAUACUCCGCCGGCACUGGCCCGCUGUCUUCCAAGAUACAGAGAUGCGCACACUUAUGAUUAGCUCCAUCCUCGCUACCGAUAUGGGCAUCCACAAUCACUUCAUUGAUGAGCUCGGUAAACUCAGGGGUAGGUAUGCAGCUGACGGCAGAAAGGUGGAUUCCUGGAUCGAGAAAGACAUCAGAGACUAUCGAGUUCUGCUGUGCGCCCUCAUCAUCAAAUGCGCCGACAUCAGCAACGUCGCACGCCCGUUCAAGGUUGCAGAACAGUGGACCGACGUCCUGCAGCUAGAGUUUGCUAACCAAGGAGAAAUGGAAGUAAAUAUUGGUAUAGCAACCUCUCUCUUCGGUGGUCCGCCAGAGCUAGGCAACUUUAUCAAAAAGGCAAAGGGACAGGUUGGGUUCAUGGACAUAUUCGGCCUCCCUCUCUUCGACGGAGUAACCGACAUCCUCCCUGACCUUGCCUUUGCCGCCAACACCAUACGAAGCAACAGAUUCAUCUGGGCUAAGCUCAUGGAACAUGAAGAAGUGCUGGCCGAACACCGCGCUCGCAAUUGCAGCACUCCGCGCUGUCAAGGCACCGAUCCGUCCUGGGAGGAAUGCAGAAAGCGUCUUAUAGAAGAGGGCCCGGCGUCCAUGGGAUACACCAUCCAGCACCGUUCGCCGCCCCAUUCACCCAUUCGAUCCCCGCCUCAGCUGGAUGGAGAAGCAGAUACCACCAACAUCCAGGCAGCAACAACAACAACUACUACUACUACUACUGCUGCUACUCCCGCCGCUGUUGGACCCACGACCAAUGUCCCCGUCAUCAUCAAUGGUAUCCACCACGCCAAUCGACAAUCGCAGCGAUCAGCAGGCCGGUCGUCGGUCCAGAACACUGCCCGCACAAUCGACUCUGGCAGCGGCUGUAGCGGUAGUGGCGGUGGAGUACGCACCCAAAGCACAAGCACCUACACAAACAAUACACUAAUCACUCCGCUUUCUUCAACCACUCAGGCAAGCAGCGUCAUAAGCGCCGGAAGCAGCUUCGAGGAAAAAGAUGGUACCUGUCAGUUACACCAGCGCAUCAGCCUAAAUCCAAAUACCAUGCACCAUCAUCAUGUUCGUCGUUGUGAUCAGGCAAAGCCGGACGAUGUCGCCCUUGUCGGCGCUGCCAGCACUACCACCGCUAGUAGCUACACGUCCAGCAUUGCUCAGAACGAGAACGAAGACGAGCAUGAUCACGAUGGCGGCCACCAGAAUAUGUAUGCUGACGAGAACCUGUCGUCUCCAGUCAACGCUUUACCCUCUACGACUGAUGGAACAAGCAGCCAUCAGCACCCACAGAGCCAGUCGCAGACGCAGACAUGGUAUGAGCGAGCCACCAAUAACAAGGCCGGCGAGAGACGAUCAAAGUUCAUCACUGGCCUGUUCGAAAAGGCCAGUUCCAACAAUAAUAAUAACCCUGCUACCACUACCCACAGCACCAAAGGCAACCACCCAGCUGGCCUGACAUACUCAAAAUCCGCCCAGUCAACACCCACAGUACAUAACAACAGUCACAACCACCAUCACAACCAACACACUCGCGGACGACGUGGCGGCCCAACAAGCCACCCUCGCUCAACCCCUUCCAGCCCCCCCUUGCCCCCAUCCACCCUCCCAUUUGACUCCGACGACGGUAAUAAUGACCCUCUUUCCUCUCUAUCGCCCAACCAUGCAACGAUGCCGCUCCCCCGACGCCGCUCCCGGCUACGUCUAGCCUUCUGGCGGAGGUCGAAACACCAUGGCCAGGGGCCCGGCCACCCCCAUUCUCCGCCGCAAUCUGACUCGGCGCCGUCAACAACGGCAUCAGCAUCAAGCAUGAUGAGCGCUUCUGACCAUUAUUAA